AUUCACUGCAUGACGUGUGGUGUGACAUAUAAUGGAAAAUGUUUUUAUUGUGAUUUUAUUUUACAGAUAAAACUAUACGAGGAAGGUCCUAUUUUUUAAAUAAAAACACAUUUCCAUGACCUCCCAAAAAGUCUGAUUAGUACCAAAUUGGCUGACAACCCAGUGAAAACCGGUAAUUCUUGAUUCAGGAUAUCCAAAAAAGUAAAGAUAGACACCGUGUGGGGCUGGGCGUCCCCGCCCUUGCGUCUGCAAAUCGCGCCGCAGCUGCGCGGCGCUUGCCGUAUGGGCGGCGAUAUGACCGGGGGCGGCGGCGACCGCCCCCCCUCGCCCGCGCGCCUCUCGCACUCUUCGGAGAAACACCCGAAAAACACCCUCACCGAACUGAAUUUGCUGCGAAGGCACAGGGAACUGUGCGACGUGAUACUCAACGUCGGCACCAGGAAGAUAUUCGCGCAUAGGGUCAUAUUGAGCGCGUGUAGCCCGUACUUCAGAGCCAUGUUCACCGGGGAGUUGGCUGAGUCUAGGCAGACUGAGGUAACGAUUCGUGAUAUCGACGAAUUAGCGAUGGACCUGCUGAUCGAUUUCUGCUACACCUCUCACAUCGUAGUAGAAGAAUCUAACGUGCAGAUGCUUUUGCCUGCCGCUUGUCUUCUGCAAUUGACAGAGAUCCAGGACAUUUGCUGCGAGUUCCUUAAACGACAGCUCGACCCCUCGAACUGCCUCGGAAUCAGGGCGUUUGCUGAUACGCAUUCGUGCAGGGAACUGUUGAGGAUCGCAGAUAAGUUUACCCAGCACAAUUUUCAGGAGGUGAUGGAAUCGGAGGAGUUUCUAUUGCUCCCGGUGGGACAGUUGGUGGAUAUCAUCGCAAGUGAUGAACUGAACGUGCGUACCGAGGAACAAGUUUUCAAUGCAGUCAUGUCUUGGGUCAAAUAUAACGUCGGGGAGAGGCGUCAGCAUCUACCCCAGGUCCUACAGCAUGUCAGAUUGCCGUUGCUGAGCCCGAAAUUUCUUGUCGGCACAGUCGGGUCGGACCUACUUGUUAGGUCUGAUGAGUCUUGCAGAGACCUAGUUGAUGAGGCCAAGAACUACCUUCUAUUGCCGCAAGAAAGACCGUUGAUGCAGGGACCCAGAACGCGACCUAGGAAACCUACUAGAAGAGGUGAAGUUCUCUUUGCCGUGGGCGGUUGGUGUAGCGGUGAUGCGAUAGCUUCCGUGGAGAAAUUCGAUCCGCAGACUAUGGAGUGGAAAAUGGUCGCUCCGAUGAGCAAACGAAGAUGCGGAGUUGGAGUGGCCGUGCUCAAUGAUCUCUUGUACGCCGUAGGCGGACACGACGGACAAAGCUAUCUCAACAGUAUAGAAAGGUACGAUCCUCAGACUGAUCAGUGGUCGUGCGAUGUUGCCCCAACUACAUCUUGCAGGACAAGCGUUGGAGUUGCAGUAUUGGAUAAUCUUCUUUACGCGGUUGGCGGUCAAGAUGGCGUCCAAUGUCUGAAUCACGUAGAAAGGUAUGAUCCAAAAGAAAAUAAAUGGGGCAAGGUGGCGCCCAUGACAACCAGACGCUUGGGAGUGGCUGUGGCGGUUCUAGGCGGAUACCUUUAUGCAAUCGGCGGUUCCGAUGGACAAUCGCCACUUAAUACAGUUGAAAGAUAUGAUCCUCGACAUAACAAAUGGACGCUGGUCAGCCCGAUGUCGACGCGUCGGAAACACCUAGGCUGCGCGGUGUUCAACAAUCUCAUCUACGCCGUUGGAGGAAGAGAUGAUUGCAUGGAGUUGAGCAGUGCCGAGCGGUACAACCCUCACACGAACACCUGGAGUCCGAUCGUUGCUAUGACAUCCAGGCGAAGCGGGGUGGGCUUGGCCGUGGUGAACGGCCAGUUAUACGCAGUAGGCGGUUUCGACGGUACCGCCUACCUGAAAACAAUCGAAUUCUACGAUACGGAGCAGAACCAAUGGCGAUUGUGCGGCUCGAUGAACUACAGGCGGUUGGGCGGCGGUGUGGGCGUGAUGAGAGCGCCGCAAACGGAGAAUCGCAUCUGGUAGUUGAGGCGGUUCCUUUUCGUUUCUGCGGAUCCGAACAGGCGGUACCGGAUCACCAACUGUUAGGCGACGUUCUCAUCGAAAGCGACGCGCACCCGGAUUACGUAACUAAGAAAGUGACGUUAUAUCGAUUUUUAAUUACAUUGUGUUUAUCACAGAACAAGCUGCUGUGUAAGAUUUUGACAGUUAAAAUCGAGCUCACCUGAUUUGUGGUAUAAACCAAUUUUUUUGAUAUUGUGUACACGUGGGUUCAAAAUAAACACAACAAGCAAAAUUUUGGUAAAAUUCGGAACGUCAUAAUUUUUUUACUUUGACCUAGAUUUUAUCGAUUUUUUCGGGAGGCGGUAGGUGCACUCAUUAGCAUAAAGUGGAAUUACCCCUCCCCCUUAGACGCCAAACUUUUAACAAAGCAAUUCAACUUUUAGGCCCGUUCGCGGAAUAUUACACGAUUUUUUUAGUAACUAAAGAGGUACGCAGCUUGAAAUGAAAAAAAAAUUGCCCAACCUCAAAUUCCUUAUUUGAGAAAUCUUCGGCCUAUUUGAGACAGCCUGGCCUUAAGACGAUAUAUUUACUUAUCUCCGAUGAUUUUUGACGAACCAGCCGAAAACUGAACUUCAUUUAGCUCAGUGGUAGUAGCAAUGUUUAAACAUUUUACGGCAGUUUGGCAACACCGCGUCGGUACAUGCAGAGCCAUCUGCGAGCGAAUCGCCAAGCUCGUAGAUCGAUGUAUUUGUAAGCGAGUAAUAGUCCAAGAGCCGAUCUCAAAAUGUUGGUUACAUCGCGAACUGAUAUGUUUAAGAGUUAUAAAUAUCAUGAUAUAUGUCCUAAGAACCCUAGCUUAAAACUAGCUUUUCGCUUGAUAUAACUACUACUUUUAGCCGUUGUUGAGAAACUAGUCGGGUGCCGUCGCUUUGGUGAGAACGCUUGUAUUUGCCGUUUGCAGUCAUUUGCUUUCGUUGAGAACGGUCCUUAUUUAUACCUGCUGAUACUUAUCCUGAGAUCUCUCAUUUUCUAAUUAUUCCCACUGCCCAGGAAAAAUCUCAAUUGGACGAAUAUGCGUUUAUUCGUAACGAAGUGAAAGAUAAAAAUGAUUAAUGUGAAAUCUUGUUGUAGUAUAAAGAUUUUCAUCAGCGGUAAGAUCUUCCUUACGUUAAAAAAGUCUAAAGAACAUAGUAUUAGAAAAUGUUCCUAAUAAUAUCGCACCUAGAACUUGUAAUUUCUCUUCUAACUGUAUGUAUAUAUGUGAUACACUUAGAUAACU